AUGGCCGUAACAGUACAGGCUGCUGUUAUGGCGUGGCGUGCCCUCUCGUGCAGCCUUGCCCCACAGAGGAUAUUUGAACCUCCAAUUAAGCCAAAGUGCCGGCUUUGGCUUAGUCGUUCUCUUGGUAGCAAGUGGGUGGAGGCUGUCACACGGAGACCACGUACCACGGCUAUCACCGGCUCCCCGGCUAGAGACGGGCCCGGGAGUAGCCCGGGCGCUGCGAAGGAUCGUCACUCCCGCAUGAUCGAGACGCCUCAAGCCACAAUGCCAAGGCCUGUUGGUGCCCGAGGUCCUGCGAGCCCUGUCGGCCCCCAAUGGAGGCCUGUGCACGAUACCUUCCUUUUGUACUGCUUCUGCCCGUCUGCCUGGGAGGCAGUGCCCGUCGAGUUUUCUUCAUUUUUUAUAGAAAAGUUGGCCCGAUCCAUGGUUAGGAGGCUACAGAUGGUGAAGGCCAACGGAUGUUACCGCGUUGAUUAUUGA